CAGCAGAAUAACGGACUCGCCCUUAUGAGUGAAUGUUAUGCAUCAUCAGGUGCUGCACAGGAAGAGGAAGCAAUUGCAGUCUGAUGGAUCCUGAGCACCUGUUCGUGAGAUCGAGGCUAAAAAUCUCUUCUAAGCUUUAAUACAUCUUGUUUUUUGUUAAAUCAUUUGAAUGGAAAAGGAUUAAGACUGAAGUAGAUGUUUGACUUUCUGAGAGAAUGUCAGGGGAGUGUCAGGAAAUCCCAACUACUGAAAUGAGUCUACCAGAGGGACAAUUUAAUAAUGAAAGUGGAACAGAGAAAAGGCCAGAAUCUCCUGUAUCCUCUGAUAUACCAAGCUUUAAGGAUGAACAAUCAAAACCAUUCCUCGACCAAUGUAAGGAUGGAACAUCCUCUCAGGAAAGCCAAGUCUCCUUUAAGAGUGACCAGACUAAGCCACUCUCAAUCAACUUUGAAGAUGAAACAGGCUCUCAAGAAAGUGGAACCGAAGAAAGGCCAAUUUCUCCUGUAUCCGGAUGUAUGUCCUAUAAGAGUGACCAAUCCAAGCCACACUCUAUCAACUUUAAAGGGGGAAGAGAAUCUCAGGAAAGUGGAACCGAGGAAAGGCCAAAUUCUCCUGUAUCUGGAUGUGUGUCCUAUAAGAGUGACCAAUCCAAGCCACACUCUAUCAACUUUAAAGGGGGAAGAGAAUCUCAGGAAAGUGGAACCGAGGAAAGGCCAAAUUCUCCUGUAUCCGGAUGUGUGUCCUAUAAGAGUGACCAAUCCAAGCCACACUCUAUCAACUUUAAAGGGGGAAGAGAAUCUCAGGAAAGUGGAACCGAGGAAAGGCCAAAUUCUCCUGUAUCCGGAUGCAUGUCCUAUAAGAGUGACCACUCCAAGCCACACUCUAUCAACUUUAAAGGGGGAAGAGAAUCUCAGGAAAGUGGAACCGAGGAAAGGCCAAAUUCUCCUUUGUCCGGAUGUAUGUCCUAUAAGAGUGACCACUCCAAGCCACACUCUAUCAACUUUAAAGGGGGAAGAGAAUCUCAGGAAAGUCAAAUUUCCUCCCCAGCUAGACAGCUAAAGCAAACACCCAGCAUCGACAAAACAACAGGGGGACAAUCUAUGGGAAGUGAUCGUGCUGAACCUGAGGCUCCUGUGAAAAUUGACAAAUUAGAAAAGAAGAUUACAGACUAUCUCUACAACAUUUUCAAUGAUCUUGAGAAUAAAAUGAUUGUAUUUAUAAAACAUGAGCUGGAGAUGUUUAAGACAUUUCUAAGAAAAGAAAACAAAAGAUACUACAAUGAUGUGAGGGAUGAUUUGUGGAGUGUAAAAGAAGCAGCUCUUGAUAUGACAUUGUACUUUCUGAAGUUGAUGGAACACAAUGACCUCGCUGAUGCACUCCAGGAUGCACUAAUAGGAGUUCAGCAGCGUGCACUCAAAUCAAACCUGUGUAAGAAGUACAAGCGUGUAUGUGAAGGAAUUGCAAAGCAAGGAGAGUCCAACACUCUUAACAACAUCUACACAGAUCUGUACAUCACUGCAGGUGGAAGUGGACAAAUGAAUAAACAUGAAGUGAGUCAAAUUGAAAAGAAAAAAACUUGUGUGAAAACUGAAAGUCAAAUAGAGCAGGAGGAAAAAAUUGAAUGCAAGAACAUGUUUGGACCAUCACCUGGAGAAGAAAAACCCAUCAGAACUGUGGUGACACAGGGGGUCGCUGGUGUUGGAAAAUCCAUCUGUGUGCAGAAGAUUGUUCUAGACUGGGCUGAAGGGAAAGAAUAUCAGGACAUAAAGUUCAUAUUUCCACUGCCUUUCAGAGAACUGAAUUUAAAAGAAAAGGAAAGAUGCAGUUUGAGGGACAUCAUCUAUCAGUUUUUCCCAAAAACUAAAGGAAUGAGAUUCACAGACAGGUAUAAAGUCAUGUUCAUCUUUGAUGGACUGGAUGAGUGUCGACUUCCUCUAACAUUCCAUGAAAACCAAAAGUGUACUGAUGUAACAGAGAAAGCCUCACUGGACACUAUAAUAACAAACCUCAUUGAAGGAAACCUGCUUCCGUCUGCUCUCAUCUGGAUAACCACUCGACCAGCAGCAGCUGCUAAGAUCCCUGCUGAACAUGUGGACCGGGUCACAGAGGUGCGUGGCUUCAAUGAUGAACAAAAGGUGGAGUACUUCAGAAAGAAAAUCUGUGAUGAGAGUCUGGCCAACAGAAUCAUUGAUCAUAUUAAAAGAUCAAGAAGUCUCUUCAUCAUGUGUCAUAUUCCAGUCUUCUGCUGGAUUUCAGCCACUGUGCUUGAAGAUAUUUUGGGGAGAUCAGACUGUGAAGACAUUCCACAGACUCUGACGGAGAUGUACACAUGUUUUCUGAUCUUUCAGACCGUACAGGGGGACAAGAAAUACAAUAGAAAUAAUGCCUCAGACAUUCCAUGGGAUAAAGAUGGAAUUCUUUCUCUGGGAAAGCUUGCCUUUAGUCACCUGGAAAAAAACAAUCUGAUUUUCUAUGAAAAAGAUCUAAAAGCCUGUGAAAUUGAUGUCAGUAACAUAGAGGCGUACUCAGGAGUGUGCACUCAGGAGACUGACAGAUUUAAAUGCACAUCUUUCAGCUUUGUGCAUCUCAGCAUUCAGGAGUUCAUUGCUGCCUUGUUUACAUAUGUAUGUGUCCGAGAUGAAAAGAAGAAUGUUUUUGAGCAAUCAGAAGAGAAUAAAGAAACAAAAGUUAUUGAUUUGCUCAAGGUCACAGUGGACAAAGCUUUGGAGAGUGAAACCGGACACUUUGACCUUUUCCUCCGCUUCCUUCUGGGCCUCUCAGUGGAGUCUAAUCAGAAGCACAUUCGAGGUCUACUGACAAACACAGGAAGCAGCUCUAACUGCCAAAAGGACAUAGUUGAGUACAUCAAGUUAAAGUUUGAACAAAACCCAACUCCAGAGAGAUCAAUCAAUCUGUUCUACUGUCUGAACGAGUUAAAUGAUCAUUCACUGGUGAAAGAGAUCCAAAACCGUAUGAGCUCAGGUUGUCUCUCUGAAGCUGAACUCUCACCUGCUCAGUGGUCUGCUCUGGUCUUUGUGUUGCUGACAUCAGAGAAGGACCUGAAAGUGUUUGAGCUACAGAAGUUCAUAAGAUCAGAUGAAUGCUUUAAGAGACUGUUACCAGUCGCCCAGGAAGCCACAACAGUUCUGUGUGAUUUUUAUAUUGCCCACAUCUGUUACUUGCCCCAGGCUCAGUGAGUGUAACAUGACAGAGAGAAGCUGCUGGUCUUUACACACAGUUCUCAGCUCAGAAUCCUCCAAGCUGACUGAGGUGGAUCUGAGCAGUAAUCCUCUGGGGGACUCAGGAGUGAAGCAGCUUUGUGCUGGACUGA